UCCAGCAACUAGUUCUGUCCAGUCGUCCUGCACAGACAAACUAAAAUGGCGUCGGCUCCGGACUACAGCUCCUACAAUCAGACCAGCACUCAGCAGGGGUAUGCCUCUUAUGCUGCCCAGCCCUCACAAAGUUAUGGACAGUCUGCACAGCAGAGCUAUGGGCAACAGAAUUAUGGCUCAUAUGCCCAACCUGCUGCUGCUGAUGGCAGCUACUCCCAGACAACUCCUGCCACUGGAGGCUACCCCCAGCAGCAACAGCAGUAUGGGUCCUCAUAUGGCCAGCCAGCAUCAGCUGGCUAUCCUGCUGCCCAGUCUACCACUCAUAGCUACUCUCAGUCCACCCAGGGAUAUGGAGCCAGUGGUUAUGACAGUACUCCUGCUGCUGCUGCUCCAGCUGCCUCCCAGUCUUACGGCUCUCAGCCAGGUUAUACUGCCCAGUCUGCCUACCCUGGAUAUGGCCAGCAGGCUGCUCCCACUGCACCACAGAGUUACAAUGCUAACAGCCAGCCAGCUAGUUACAACCAAGGAAGCUACUCCCAGCCAGCAGCGUAUGGCCAGCAGCAGCCUGGCUACCAGGCCCAGCAGGCAAGCUACGGCCAGCAGCAGGGAUACCAGCAGCCGAGCCAGCAGCAGCAACAGGCUCCUCCUGCUUACCCCCCUCAGGCUGCUGGUUCCUAUGGCCAGCCUCCUGCCAGUCAGUACAGCCAGCAAGGUGGACCACCCAGUUACAACCAGUCCAACCAUUACAAUAAUUACAGACAAGAUGGCCAGGGUGGAGGUUCAGGUUACUCUGGCUCUGAUUCUUCACGGUACCCAGGAGCAGGGGAGAGCAGAGGCCCUGGCAGGGAUGGCUUUGAUCGAGGUGGAAUGAUGCAUCGUGGCCGUGGAGGCAUGGGCCGUGGCAUGGGCAGCGCUGGAGACAGAGGUGGCUUCAGUAAGCCUGGUGGACCUAUGGGCGGUGACGAGCGUGAUAUGGGACGCCCUGAAGAGCAAGAUGACUCUGAGAACAGCACAAUCUACAUCACAGGCCUGACUGAGAAGGCUAACCUGGAGGAGAUGGCUGAAUUCUUCAAACAUGUUGGCCCAAUCAGGAUUAACCGCAGACUUGGCCAGCCUGCCAUUAACAUAUACACAGACAAGGACACAGGGAAGCCCAAGGGAGAUGCCACCCUAUCCUAUGAGGAGCCAAUCUGUGCCAAAGCAGCUGUGGAGCACUUUGAUGGGAAGGAAUUCCAAGGCCGAAGGCUGAAGGUGUCCAUGGCACGCCGCAAGCCCAUGAUGGGUGGAAUGAGAGGUGGCAUGCCCAUGCGAGAUGGCAUGAUGGGUCGUGGAGGUAUGAUGGGCCGUGGAGGAGAUCGUGGUGGUUUUGGUCCACGAGGUGGUCCACGUGGUAUGGGCAGAGGUGGACCCACAGGAGGCAACAUGCAGCAGAGAGCUGGGGACUGGGAGUGUCCUAACCCGGGUUGUGGCAACCAGAACUUUGCCUGGAGGAUGGAGUGCAACCAGUGCAAAGCCCCCAAACCAGAGGGGUUAGGUGGUGGCCCUCCAUUUCCCCCUGGAGGUGACCGAGGCAGAGGUGGAAUGGGAAUGCGUGGAGGCAGAGGUAUGGACCGUGGUGGGCCAGCGGGGGCUGGAGGCCCCGGUGGCCCCGGAGGUUUCCGUGGAGGCUGGGGAGGUGACCGUGGUGGAUUCAGAGGACGUGGUGGAAUGGAUAGAGGGGGUUUCCGUGGAGCUGGGCGUGGAGGACCUCCCAUGGACCGAAUGGGUGGCAGAGGUGGAAGAGGAAUGGGCCCACCAGGUGGCAAGAUAGAUAUGAGGGACCAUCGCCAGGAGCGCAGAGACCGACCCUACUGAGGAACUUUUUGACCUUUCCUCUUAUGGAAUUUCAUUUUUAAUGAGAAUUUUAAUUUAUGAUUCCAUAUUUUGAUGGUUCUAGAACUGCUCUCAAACAUCUUGUGCAGUUUCACUCAACUCACGUUUCCAUUUUUUAUUUUAGUUUACCCAUGUUUAUGCUACGUCAUGUAUUGUGCACAUUUUUUUGUUGUUGCUUUUUUUAAGUAUGCAGCUUAGAUUUGACAUUGUAUUGUAAAACGUUUUUCAUUCGUUAAAAUAAUUGCUUCCCCUUUCCCAUUAUCUGACAGUUGUAUGAUGACAAAUUUGGGAAAUAAAAUUUUACUGAUUUGA